GAGACGCAUUGAAGAAGCAUCGCUGCCUAGUCAGGCUCUUCUGCAGGUCGUCAAAAGAUACGGAAAUGGUUGGUGAUCGAUGACGUGGCACCCACCCUGUGUUCAAGAAAAGAAGAAAGAAACUCUCUCUCUCUGAGCUGAAGCUCACUUUCUUCUUCGUCUUCUUCUUCUUCUUCUUCAGUGGCUGGCUAGGGUUUCUGGGUUUCCUUUCUCCGCCCUAAAACCUCGCCGCCUGAAUCCCGCAGCUUCGUCGGCGUCUUCUCCGGCGCGUUCCGUCGCCGAAAGUCCCUUCCUUUCCUGCGAAAUUCGCGACUUCCCGCGCCAAGCUCGAGUUUUUCCUUUUGUUGGCCGAGCUCGUUCAUGGCCAAGACGAAACCCGGAAGGAAGGACCUCGACUCGUACACCAUCAAGGGCACCCACAAAGUCGUCCGACCUGGUGAUAGCGUGCUGAUGCGCCCGUCGGAGUCCGAUAAGCCCCCUUAUGUGGCGCGGGUGGAGAAAAUCGAAGCCGAUCAUCGGAACAAUGUUAAGGUUCACGUGCGGUGGUAUUAUCGACCGGAGGAGUCGGCGGGAGGGCGCAGGCAGUUCCACGGGGCGAAGGAGCUCUUUCUUUCCGAUCACUAUGAUGUGCAGAGCGCGCACACCAUAGAAGGGAAGUGCGUCGUGCACACGUUCAAGAACUACACGAAGCUCGAGAAUGUUGAGGCUGAGGAUUACUUCUAUAGGUUCGAGUACAAGGCCGCAACUGGUGGGUUCACGCCAGACGGGGUGGCCGUGUAUUGCAAGUGCGAAAUGCCUUAUAAUCCCGAUGACCUAAUGGUUCAAUGUGAGGAAUGCAAGGACUGGUUUCAUCCUUCGUGUAUGGGGAUGACAAUUGAAGAUGCAAAGACGUUGGAUCGGUUCUUGUGUUCUGACUGCUCACCUGAUGAUCAUGCCAACCGAUCCUUAAAUCACUUUCCUGUAUCACCAUCUAUUGAAACUAAGGUCUCCCCCUCCCCCUUCCCCUUCUCGCGUCAUGCACAGGUGGAGCCUAAGCGACGGAAGAGAUGACAAAUUGACCACGUUGUGAACGGUUAAUGGACACCUAGUUUCUUGUCAACAAGCUUCAGUGGUGUUUGUUAUGAAACUGUACAGUGCAGAGAAGAAGACCGUGCUCGCACAAAGUUGAGCCUUUUCAUGGUGUCAGAUAUCUCCGUGUGUGCUAGACUUAGGAUGUGUCCGUUUCAUGUUUUGCCUCUACGUGUGGCCUGAAAAACGGGUUCAUCCUUCUUUAGAGCCAAUAUGUAUUUAUGCUGAAGUCGGAUGACUCUUGAUUAUCUUAUGUUAGAUUCAGUUUGUUUUUCC